CAGUUUUUCCGCCCGUCGAGCGUCACCUAAUUUCCUUCAUCAGACAUAAAAGGCCGGCGAUUAUGAAAUUCCCAAUAAAGUAAGUGGCUUUGGCGGUUUUGCCCGUCGAGGUUUAUGACCAAGGCAGCUCUUCCGAUGGCAGGUCGAGUUACAAGAUCAAGAAGACUACCACCUCAGCAGCAGGAACAGCAGUCAAGGGCUAGGUGGACCACAUCGCUCACUAAGAUACUUGUAGACCUGAUGGUUGACCAAGUACAUAAAGGGAAUAAACAGAGCAACUCUUUUAACAAGAAGGCAUGGAAAUAUAUUUGUGAUGAAUUUUACAGCAAGACAGGUCUGAAAUGGGAUAAGGAACAACUCAAAAAUCGUUAUUCAGUAUUGAGGAAGCAGUAUACAACUGUAAAGUCCAUUCUCGAACGAAGUGAUUUUAAUUGGGAUGAAGCCACAGGAUCUAUUAUUGCCGAGGAGGAAGUUUGGGCUGAAUACAUCAAGGAACAUCCUGAUGCGGAGACAAUAAAAGGUAGCGGCUGCUCAAUCUACAAAGACCUAUGUACAAUAUUUUCUGAGCCAGCAACCAAUGGCAGGCAUGAAUCCGUAGCCGCAUCUGAGGGUGAUGGUACUUCUAGGCCUUGUCCAGAGCCUAUGAGCACGCAGCGAGAGGAGUCCUCUUCGGGAUCCGAGGAUGAUGAAGAUGAUGAUGAUCCUGACGCCAUCCUACCUUCUACACCUAUUGCAACAUGUAACCGCAAAAGAGGACGUAAAGGAAUCGACGAUGUCAUUGCGGGAGCCAUACUGGAGAUGGCAGCCGCUUCAAAAAUGAGAGAAGCUGCGAUAGAGCAGUAUAAUGCUAGAUAUAGCAUGGCUGACUGUAUAAAGGAAUUGGAUGUGAUGCAGGGUGUUGAACGACCACUGUAUUUUGCCGCUCUAAAUCUGUUCAAUAAACCUAACGCGAGGGAGAUUUUCUUGUCUCUUAAAAGGGAUAAACGUAUAACUUGGUUGCGGGGCAAGUGUGCUGUUGCAUCCAGUAGCAGCGUGGCUUGAAAUAAUUUUUUUAAAAAUUUUUUUGUGUUUUUUG